AUGUUCAGGGGUCAGCAGCUGCUGCUGUUGCUGUUCUUCAGGGGAUCCCUAAUCAAUGCUGGUGCCUGGACUGGAGAUGCCACCGAUUCCAACACUGAGGAUAGCCUGCAAACCUCCUCAGAAAAGGGCUGGUGCUCCACAUGGGGAGCUGAUCACUUUUCCACCUUUGACCAUCAUGAGUAUGAGUUCAAAGGGAUGUGCAAUUAUAUUUUUACGGCCACGUGUGGGGAUGCCUUGCCUACCUUCAGCAUCCAGUUGCGGAGAGAUAGGGAUGGGAACAUCUCCCGGAUCAUCAUGGAACUGGGGGCCUCUGUGGUCACCGUGAACAAAGCAAUCAUCUCUGUCAGGGACAUUGGGGUUGUUAGCCUGCCCUACACCAGCAAUGGCCUCCAGAUCACACCAUACGGCCAGAGCGUGCAAUUGGUGGCCAAGCAGCUGGAGCUGGAGUUAGUUGUCAUGUGGGGACCAGAUGCCCAUCUUAUGAAAGGGCAGGGUGGGCAGGUGGGAACACCUGAAAUCUGGGUGGGGACCCUAUACAUUCCCACAGGGACCAACAGUGUCACCCCGCAGGUCCUGGUAGAGAAGAAGUACAUGGGCAAGCUGUGUGGACUGUGUGGGAACUUCGACGGGAAGACAGAUAAUGAAUUUCAAAGCGAGGACGGCAAACUUCUGAAACCUUACAAGUAUGCUGAACUCCAGAAGCUAGAUGAUCCCAAUGAGAUCUGUGCCCAUGAGGCCAUUCCCAGGCCUACCACCCUGAAGACCAGAUACGCCCAGAUCUGCACCCAGCUACUGACCCUGGUAUCCCCUGGGUGUGAUGUGCCUAAGGAGUCACUGGUGCUGAGCUGCCAGGCAGACAUGGCUGAGUGUGCCCAGCCAGGUCAGCAGAAUUGCAGCUGCGCCACACUGUCUGAGUACUCCCGUCGCUGCAGCAUGGCUGGCCAGCCUGUCCGCAACUGGAGGACCCCUGGACUCUGCCCCGUGGGCCAGUGCCCAGCCAACCAGGUGUACCAGGAGUGCGGUGAGGUCUGCGUCAAGACUUGCUCCAACCCACAGCACAGCUGCUCCAGCUUCUGCAACUUUGGCUGCUUCUGCCCCCAUGGUACACUGCUUGACGACAUAUCCAGAAACCACUCCUGUGUGCCAGUCAGCCAGUGCCCCUGUAUGCUCAAUGGUGUGAUUUACGGCCCUGGGGAGAUCACGAGAACAGCCUGCCAAACCUGCCAGUGUACCAUGGGCCGCUGGACGUGCACAGAGCAGCCAUGUCCUGGGCACUGCUCCCUAGAAGGUGGUUCCUUUGUCACCACAUUCGACGCCAGAUCCUACCGCUUCCAUGGCACCUGCACCUACACGCUUCUCCAGAGCCCGCUGCUACCCAACAAUGGCACCCUCCUGGCUGUGUAUGACAAGUCAGGUUACUCCCAUUCAGAGACCUCCCUAGUGUCUGUCAUCUACCUGUCCAAGAAGGACAAAAUUGUGAUCUCAAAGGAUGAAGUGAUCACCAACAAUGGAGACACCAAGGUGCUGCCAUACAAGACACACAACAUCACCAUCUUCAGGCAGACAUCUACCCACCUCCAGAUGGCUACAACCUUUGGCCUGGAAGUCGUGGUCCAGCUACAGCCCGUCUUCCAGGCGUACAUCACAGUCGGGCCCCAGUUCAAAGGCCAGACCAGAGGGCUCUGCGGCAAUUUCAACGGAGACACAACGGAUGACUUCACGACCAGCAUGGGCCUUGAUGAAGGCACCGCCUCACUCUUUGUGGACUCAUGGCGCGCAGGGAACUGUCCAGCUGCCCUGGAGCGGGAGACUGACCCCUGUUCCAUGAGCCAGCUCAACAAGGUGUGUGCAGAGACCCACUGCUCCAUGCUGCUGAAAAAGGGCAGUGUCUUUGAGAAAUGCCACACUGCGGUGAACCCCCAGCCCUUCUACAAGAGGUGUGUGUACCAGGCCUGCAACUACGAGGAGACCUUCCCUCACAUCUGUUCUGCACUGGGGGCCUAUGCCCAUGCCUGCUCCUCCCGAGGCGUCCUGCUCUUGGGCUGGAGGAGCAGCGUGGACAAUUGCACUGUGCCUUGCACUGGCAACCGCACGUUCAGCUACAAUAGCAAGGCCUGCGACCGCACCUGCCUGUCUCUGUCGGACCGUGAGACAGAGUGCCAUGCGAGUGCUGUGCCGGUGGAUGGCUGCAACUGUCCUGAGGGCACCUACUUGAACCACAAGGCAGAAUGCGUGCAUAAGGCCCAGUGCCCCUGCCUGCUGGAUAGCUCCAAGUUCGUCCAGGCUGAUCAGUCAACCAUGAUCAAUGGGGUCAUAUGUUACUGCAUCAAUGGCCGCCUGAGCUGCCCACGGCAGGCAGAGAUGUUCUUGGCAACCUGCCCAGAGCCCAAGACCUUCCAGUCCUGCAGCCAGUCAUCAGAGGACAAGUUCGGGGCUGCAUGUGCCCCCACAUGCCAGAUGCUGGCCACAGGCAUUGACUGUGUACCCACCAAAUGUGAAUCUGGCUGUAUUUGUCCUAAGGGGCUCUAUGAGAACAGCGAUGGGCAGUGUGUGCCUGCAGAGGAAUGCCCAUGUGACUUUGCAGGGGUGUCCUAUCCUGGUGGUUCUGAGCUUCAUACUGACUGUAAGACCUGUACUUGUUCACAGGGAAGGUGGACCUGCCAGCUUAGCACGCAAUGCCCAUCCACCUGUGUCCUCUAUGGCGAAGGCCACGUCAUAACUUUUGAUGGACAACGCUUUGUGUUUGAUGGCAACUGCGAGUACACUCUGGCCACGGAUGACUGUGGUACCAACAGCUCACAGCCUACCUUCAAGGUCGUGACAGAGAACGUCAUCUGUGGGAAGUCAGGGGUCACCUGCUCCCGAGCCAUCAAGAUCUCCCUGGGCGGGCUAUCCAUCACAAUGGCAGACAGAAACUACACAGUCAGCGGGGAAGAACCCUUGGUGCACCUUCAGGUGAAGCCCAGCCCCCUGAAUCUGGUCCUGGACAUAGACAUCCCUGGAAGGCUCAACCUGACGCUCCUGUGGAACAAGCACAUGAGUGUCUCUAUCAAGAUCAGCCGCGCCACCCAGGAUGCCCUCUGUGGCUUGUGUGGCAACUCCAAUGGGAACAUGAAGGAUGACUUUGAGACACGCAGCAAGUACGUGGCAUCCAGUGAACUGGAAUUUGUGAACUCAUGGAAGGAGAAUCCACUAUGUGGGGAUGCAAGUUACGUGGUGGAUCCCUGUAGCCUAAAUACCUUCCGGCGCUCCUGGGCUGAGCGCAAAUGCAACAUUAUCAACAGCCAGACCUUUGCUGCCUGCCACAGCAAGGUAUACCACCUGCCCUACUAUGAGGCCUGCGUGCGUGAUACCUGUGGGUGUGACAUGGGCGGAGACUGUGAAUGUCUGUGCGAUGCAGUGGCUGCCUAUGCCAAGGCCUGUCUGGACAAGGGUGUCUGUGUGGACUGGAGGGCCCCAGACUUCUGCCCCGUCUACUGUGACUUCUACAACAUUCACACACUGGUGGGUAAGAAUGAAUACCAGUAUGCUCAGGAAGCCAACUGCACGUGGCACUACCAGCCCUGUCUCUGCCCUGGCAGCUUGGGGACCUUUCCGGACACAAACAUUGAAGGCUGCUACAACUGUUCCCAAAAUGAGUACUUCGACCACACAGAAGGGACCUGUGUACCCUGUGCACCACCCGCUACCACACUACCGCCAGCCACCACAGGUUCACAGCCUACCACAGCAACCCCCUCCAGCACUGAGUUCCGCAGUUCCAGCUCUGCAGCUACACCUAUGGGCCCCUCCGACUUCCCAGGGCUUCCGACCCCACCACCUUCAGCCCCAUCCUCCACUGAGGAAGUAACAGAAUGGACCACCCCCAAGAAAUCUACAGUCUCCUCAGGAGAAUACUCUCCGACCACUGUGGGUACGACACCACUGACAUCACGUUUGCCUCCUACAUCCAUACCGAAGUCAACACCUACAAGGCUCCCAGUGACACAGGCUACAACUAAGCCCACGGCAUCUUCCUCCGGCUCAUCCACAAUGACCACAGCUCAGUUCACAGAGAGUACCACAGUGACACCACUAAGCUCAGCAAAACCUGGGACGUCCACCAGCCAAGAAGGGAAAGUGACACCAACAUCUCAGGCUCUCAUGACACCAACUGCAUCACAUGUACCGCCAUCACCAUCCACAAUAAACCCAUCUACCACAAUAUUUCAAACCACCACAGUCAAGGAAGCAGACACAACUCACACAGUAGCCUCAGGCACAUACACAACCAAAUACGUGACACAAACUCCAAACUCAUUCUCCACAGAAACCACCUCAGCAUCAUUAACACACCCUUCCAAAACAACACAGCAGCUGUCCAUAUCAAUUCAUCCCACUACCGUAUGGAAAACGUCCACGAUGGGUGUAAAUACUAGCCCUGAGGUCCACACGACCUCAGGAACACCAAGUCGUCCCAAUACUCCACAUACCACACACCGUUCACCCACUGUUCCUGUCUCCGGGACAAUACACACGACAGGGCCCCCCUCAGGAAUUUCCCAACAGACUACUAUCACCUUCCCAACACCAUCACCUCCUCAGACCUCUUUGACCACACCACAGCCAUCACUGUCAACCUCCUCUGUCACAACUUCUGAGGCACUCAACACCCCUACAACUCCAGUCUCUUCCAUCUUAACCACAUCCACUCUGGGUGUAACUAGCGCCCCAGUGGUACACACCACCUCAGGUACACAUAGCAGCACCAAGACUCCAUAUACCCCACACUCUGCACCCAUAGCUGCUACCUCUACUACAACACACACCUCAAGUACCUCAGGAAUUUCCCAACAGACCACCAUCACCUUCCCAACACCAUCACCUCCUCAGACCUCUUUGACCACACCACAGCCAUCACUGCCAACCUCCUCUGUCACAACUUCUGAGGCACUCAACACCCCUACAAGCCAACAGACGACAUCAUCAGCUCCCACAUCAGGGCCACACAGCACCCCUCUACAAACCACAGUGGAGACCACAGGGACCCCACAUACACCAACAGCUGUCAUUCACACAACCAUUGCCACCACAGAAGCUCAAAGCACAUUCUCCACAGCCAGAACCUCUACUUCCCACCUUUCACCCACUUCUUCCUUGACUGCCCAUCAGUCCACAUCAUUUCCCGCUACAACCCUAUCAACUGGGACUACCAUGGCUGAAACUAGCACUCCCGUGUCCCAAACCACCUCAGUGACACCUAGCAAUCCUCAAACGCCACACACCACACACCCUUCGUCCACUGCUGUUUUCUCCAGCACAAUACACACCACAGGUCUCCCCUCAGAGACGUCCAUACAGACCACCUCCAACAUCCCACCCUCAUCAGGUCCUCAGACCUCGUUGUCCACACAGCUGCCACCAUUAUCGACCUCCUCUGCGACACCAACUACCGAGAUAUUUAAAACCCCAACCAGCCCUCACUCGGCAUCACUGGCCUCCACUUCCAUGCCACUGAGGACUGUUCUCCCAACCACCCUGGAAGGCACAAGGCCAUUGCAUACAUCAAUACCUGUCACUUAUACAACCAGUGCCACCACCCCACCCAAAAGCACACUUUCAACAGACAGGACCUCAACUGCCCUCCUCUCACAAUCUUCCUCCAUCACACCUACUCAGUCGUCAUCAAUUCUAGCAACUACCAACUCGAUGAAGCCCACCAUGGGUGUAACUAGCACUGCUGUGUUCACAACCACGUCAGGCAUGCCGAGCAGUGCAAACACUGCAUACACCACACACUCUCAAACGACAGCGGCUGUCUUCAGCACAACACACGCCACCUCUCACCACUCUGCAUCACCUGAGCAGUCCACAACAACCUUCCCAACACCAUCAGGGCCUCAGAACUCUGGGGCCACAUCACUGCCACCAUUAUCAACCUCCUCUGUGGCAACUUCUGAGGCACUCAACAUACCUACAGGUCAACAGACGACAUCAUCAGCUCCCACAUCCGGGCCACACAGCACCCCUCUACACACCACAGUGGAGACCACAGGGACCCCACAUACACCAACAGCUGUCAUUCACACAACCAUUGCAACCACACAGGCUCACAGCUCAUUCUCCACAGAAAGGACUUCUACUUCCCAUAAUCCACAAACUUCCACGUUGACCACUUCUCAAUCAACAUCAGCUCCAGUCUCUUCCAUCUUGACCACAUCCAAUCUGGGUGUAACCAGCGCCCCUGUGGUACACACCACCUCAGGUACACAUAGCAGCACCAAGACCCCACAAAUCACACACUCGGUUCCCACAGCUGCUACCUCUACUACAACACACACCUCAAGUACCUCAGGAAUUUCCCAACAGACCACCAUCACCUUCCCAACACCAUCACCUCCUCAGACCUCUUUGACCACACCACAGCCAUCAUUGUCAACCUCCUCUGUCACAACUUCUGAGGCACUCAACACCCCUACAAGCCAACAGACGACAUCAUCAGCUCCCACAUCAGGGCCACACAGCACCCCUCUACAAACCACAUUGGAGACCACUGGGACCCCACAUACACCAACAGCUGUCAUUCACACAACCAUUGCCACCACACAGGCUCACAGCUCAUUCUCCACAGAAAGGACAUCUACUUCCCACAAUCCACAAACUUCCACGUUGACCACUUCUCAAUCAACAUCAGCUCCAGUCUCUUCCAUCUUGACCACAUCCAAUCUGGGUAUAACUAGCACCCCUGUGGUACACACCACCUCAGGUACACAUAGCAGCACCAAGACCCCACAAAUCACACACUCGGUUCCCACAGCUGCAACCUCUAAUAAAACACACACCUCAAGUACCUCAGGAAUUUCCCAACAGACCACCAUCACCUUCCCAACACCAUCACCUCCUCAGACCUCUUUGACCACACCACAGCCAUCACUGCCAACCUCCUCUGUCACAACUUCUGAGGCACUCAACACCCCUACAAGCCAACAGACGACAUCAUCAGCUCCCACAUCAGGGCCACACAGCACCCCUCUACAAACCACAGUGGAGACCACAGGGACCCCACAUACACCAACAGCUGUCAUUCACACAACCAUUGCCACCACACAGGCUCACAGCUCAUUCUCCACAGAAAGGACAUCUACUUCCCACAAUCCACAAACUUCCACGUUGACCACUUCUCAAUCAACAUCAGCUCCAGUCUCUUCCAUCUUGACCACAUCCAAUCUGGGUGUAACCAGCACCCCUGUGGUACACACCAACUCAGGUACACAUAGCAGCACCAAGACCCCACAAAUCACACACUCGGUUCCCACAGCUGCUACCUCUACUACAACACACACCUCAAGUACCUCAGGAAUUUCCCAACAGACCACCAUCACCUUCCCAACACCAUCACCUCCUCAGACCUCUUUGACCACACCACAGCCAUCAUUGUCAACCUCCUCUGUCACAACUUCUGAGGCACUCAACACCCCUACAAGCCAACAGACGACAUCAUCAGCUCCCACAUCAGGGCCACACAGCACCGCUCUACAAACCACAUUGGAGACCACAGGGACCCCACAUACACCAACAGCUGUCAUUCACACAACCAUUGCCACCACACAGGAUCACAGCUCAUUCUCCACAGAAAGGACAUCUACUUCCAACAAUCCACAAACUUCCACGUUGACCACUUCUCAAUCAACAUCAGCUCCAGUCUCUUCCAUCUUGACCACAUCCAAUCUGGGUGUAACCAGCGCCCCUGUGGUACACACCACCUCAGGUACACAUAGCAGCACCAAGACCACACAAAUCACACACUCGGUUCCCACAGCUGCUACCUCUAAUACAACACACACCUCAAGUACCUCAGGAAUUUCCCAACAGACCACCAUCACCUUCCCAACACCAUCACCUCCUCAGACCUCUUUGACCACACCACAGCCAUCACUGUCAACCUCCUCUGUCACAACUUCUGAGGCACUCAACACCCCUACAAGCCAACAGACGACAUCAUCAGCUCCCACAUCAGGGCCACACAGCACCCCUCUACAAACCACAUUGGAGACCACUGGGACCCCACAUACACCAACAGCUGUCAUUCACACAACCAUUGCCACCACACAGGCUCACAGCUCAUUCUCCACAGAAAGGACAUCUACUUCCCACAAUCCACAAACUUCCACGUUGACCACUUCUCAAUCAACAUCAGCUCCAGUCUCUUCCAUCUUGACCACAUCCAAUCUGGGUAUAACUAGCACCCCUGUGGUACACACCACCUCAGGUACACAUAGCAGCACCAAGACCCCACAAAUCACACACUCGGUUCCCACAGCUGCAACCUCUAAUACAACACACACCUCAAGUACCUCAGGAAUUUCCCAACAGACCACCAUCACCUUCCCAACACCAUCACCUCCUCAGACCUCUUUGACCACACCACAGCCAUCACUGCCAACCUCCUCUGUCACAACUUCUGAGGCACUCAACACCCCUACAAGCCAACAGACGACAUCAUCAGCUCCCACAUCAGGGCCACACAGCACCCCUCUACAAACCACAGUGGAGACCACAGGGACCCCACAUACACCAACAGCUGUCAUUCACACAACCAUUGCCACCACACAGGCUCACAGCUCAUUCUCCACAGAAAGGACAUCUACUUCCCACAAUCCACAAACUUCCACGUUGACCACUUCUCAAUCAACAUCAGCUCCAGUCUCUUCCAUCUUGACCACAUCCAAUCUGGGUGUAACCAGCACCCCUGUGGUACACACCACCUCAGGUACACAUAGCAGCACCAAGACCCCACAAAUCACACACUCGGUUCCCACAGCUGCUACCUCUACUACAACACACACCUCAAGUACCUCAGGAAUUUCCCAACAGACCACCAUCACCUUCCCAACACCAUCACCUCCUCAGACCUCUUUGACCACACCACAGCCAUCAUUGUCAACCUCCUCUGUCACAACUUCUGAGGCACUCAACACCCCUACAAGCCAACAGACGACAUCAUCAGCUCCCACAUCAGGGCCACACAGCACCCCUCUACAAACCACAUUGGAGACCACCGGGACCCCACAUACACCAACAGCUGUCAUUUACACAACCAUUGCCACCACACAGGCUCACAGCUCAUUCUCCACAGAAAGGACAUCUACUUCCCACAAUCCACAAACAUCCACGUUGACCACUUCUCAAUCAACAUCAGCUCCAGUCUCUUCCAUCUUGACCACAUCCAAUCUGGGUAUAACUAGCACCCCUGUGGUACACACCACCUCAGGUACACAUAGCAGCACCAAGACCCCACAAAUCACACACUCGGUUCCCACAGCUGCAACCUCUAAUACAACACACACCUCAAGUACCUCAGGAAUUUCCCAACAGACCACCAUCACCUUCCCAACACCAUCACCUCCUCAGACCUCUUUGACCACACCACAGCCAUCACUGCCAACCUCCUCUGUCACAACUUCUGAGGCACUCAACACCCCUACAAGCCAACAGACGACAUCAUCAGCUCCCACAUCAGGGCCACACAGCACCCCUCUACAAACCACAGUGGAGACCACAGGGACCCCACAUACACCAACAGCUGUCAUUCACACAACCAUUGCCACCACACAGGCUCACAGCUCAUUCUCCACAGAAAGGACAUCUACUUCCCACAAUCCACAAACUUCCACGUUGACCACUUCUCAAUCAACAUCAGCUCCAGUCUCUUCCAUCUUGACCACAUCCAAUCUGGGUGUAACCAGCACCCCUGUGGUACACACCACCUCAGGUACACAUAGCAGCACCAAGACCCCACAAAUCACACACUCGGUUCCCACAGCUGCUACCUCUACUACAACACACACCUCAAGUACCUCAGGAAUUUCCCAACAGACCACCAUCACCUUCCCAACACCAUCACCUCCUCAGACCUCUUUGACCACACCACAGCCAUCAUUGUCAACCUCCUCUGUCACAACUUCUGAGGCACUCAACACCCCUACAAGCCAACAGACGACAUCAUCAGCUCCCACAUCAGGGCCACACAGCACCCCUCUACAAACCACAUUGGAGACCACCGGGACCCCACAUACACCAACAGCUGUCAUUCACACAACCAUUGCCACCACACAGGCUCACAGCUCAUUCUCCACAGAAAGGACAUCUACUUCCCACAAUCCACAAACAUCCACGUUGACCACUUCUCAAUCAACAUCAGCUCCAGUCUCUUCCAUCUUGACCACAUCCAAUCUGGGUAUAACUAGCACCCCUGUGGUACACACAACCUCAGGUACACAUAGCAGCACCAAGACCCCACAAAUCACACACUCGGUUCCCACAGCUGCAACCUCUAAUACAACACACACCUCAAGUACCUCAGGAAUUUCCCAACAGACCACCAUCACCUUCCCAACACCAUCACCUCCUCAGACCUCUUUGACCACACCACAGCCAUCACUGCCAACCUCCUCUGUCACAACUUCUGAGGCACUCAACACCCCUACAAGCCAACAGACGACAUCAUCAGCUCCCACAUCCGGGCCACACAGCACCCCUCUACAAACCACAGUGGAGACCACAGGGACCCCACAUACACCAACAGCUGUCAUUCACACAACCAUUGCCACCACACAGGCUCACAGCUCAUUCUCCACAGAAAGGACAUCUACUUCCCACAAUCCACAAACUUCCACGUUGACCACUUCUCAAUCAACAUCAGCUCCAGUCUUUUCCAUCUUGACCACAUCCAAUCUGGGUAUAACUAGCACCCCUGUGGUACACACCACCUCAGGUACACAUAGCAGCACCAAGACCCCACAAAUCACACACUCGGUUCCCACAGCUGCAACCUCUAAUACAACACACACCUCAAGUACCUCAGGAAUUUCCCAACAGACCACCAUCACCUUCCCAACACCAUCACCUCCUCAGACCUCUUUGACCACACCACAGCCAUCACUGCCAACCUCCUCUGUCACAACUUCUGAGGCACUCAACACCCCUACAAGCCAACAGGCGACAUCAUCAGCUCCCACAUCAGGGCCACACAGCACCCCUCUACAAACCACAUUGGAGACCACAGGGACCCCACAUACACCAACAGCUGUCAUUCACACAACCAUUGCCACCACACAGGCUCACAGCUCAUUCUCCACAGAAAGGACAUCUACUUCCCACAAUCCACAAACUUCCACGUUGACCACUUCUCAAUCAACAUCAGCUCCAGUCUCUUCCAUCUUGACCACAUCCAAUCUGGGUGUAACCAGCACCCCUGUGGUACACACCACCUCAGGUACACAUAGCAGCACCAAGACCCCACAAAUCACACACUCGGUUCCCACAGCUGCUACCUCUACUACAACACACACCUCAAGUACCUCAGGAAUUUCCCAACAGACCACCAUCACCUUCCCAACACCAUCACCUCCUCAGACCUCUUUGACCACACCACAGCCAUCACUGCCAACCUCCUCUGUCACAACUUCUGAGGCACUCAACACCCCUACAAGCCAACAGACGACAUCAUCAGCUCCCACAUCAGGGCCACACAGCACCCCUCUACAAACCACAGUGGAGACCACAGGGACCCCACAUACACCAACAGCUGUCAUUCACACAACCAUUGCCACCACACAGGCUCACAGCUCAUUCUCCACAGAAAGGACAUCUACUUCCCACAAUCCACAAACUUCCACGUUGACCACUUCUCAAUCAACAUCAGCUCCAGUCUCUUCCAUCUUGACCACAUCCAAUCUGGGUAUAACUAGCACCCCUGUGGUACACACCACCUCAGGUACACAUAGCAGCACCAAGACCCCACAAAUCACACACUCGGUUCCCACAGCUGCUACCUCUAAUACAAUACACACCUCAAGUACCUCAGGAAUUUCCCAACAGACCACCAUCACCUUCCCAACACCAUCACCUCCUCAGACCUCUUUGACCACACCACAGCCAUCAUUGUCAACCUCCUCUGUCACAACUUCUGAGGCACUCAACACCCCUACAAGCCAACAGACGACAUCAUCAGCUCCCACAUCAGGGCCACACAGCACCCCUCUACAAACCACAGUGGAGACCACAGGGACCCCACAUACACCAACAGCUGUCAUUCACACAACCAUUGCCACCACACAGGCUCACAGCUCAUUCUCCACAGAAAGGACAUCUACUUCCCACAAUCCACAAACUUCCACGUUGACCACUUCUCAAUCAACAUCAGCUCCAGUCUCUUCCAUCUUGACCACAUCCAAUCUGGGUGUAACCAGCACCCCUGUGGUACACACCACCUCAGGUACACAUAGCAGCACCAAGACCCCACAAAUCACACACUCGGUUCCCACAGCUGCUACCUCUAGUACAAUACACACCUUAAGUACCUCAGGAAUUUCCCAACAGACCACCAUCACCUUCCCAACACCAUCACCUCCUCAGACCUCUUUGACCACACCACAGCCAUCAUUGUCAACCUCCUCUGUCACAACUUCUGAGGCACUCAACACCCCUACAAGCCAACAGACGACAUCAUCAGCUCCCACAUCAGGGCCACACAGCACCCCUCUACAAACCACAUUGGAGACCACUGGGACCCCACAUACACCAACAGCUGUCAUUCACACAACCAUUGCCACCACAGAAGCUCAAAGCACAUUCUCCACGGCCAGAACCUCUACUUCCCACCUUUUACCCACUUCUUCCUUGACUGCCCAUCAGUCCACAUCAGCUUCCGCUACAACCCUAUCUCUCACACCUACUCCCAGCUCAGCGUCACAUUCGCCAUUGUUCACUAUCCCCACCAUGGUGUCUCAUCCUUCAUCUGUUUCUUCCUUUGAGUCCCCAACUGCUGCCUCUACUCCUGUUAAUUCCUCUGUUUUCCCUCUUGUCACCUCGUCUAUUCCUUCCUCUGCUCUCCCCACCCUCCACACAACUCCCACCCCAUCCAGUAGGCCAACAGCCAGCGUUAGCCUUCUAUCCACUGCCAAGACUACAUCUCAAGUCUCCACCUUUUCUCCGUUCUCCUCAAAGUCCACUACCUCCCAGUUUACCUCCCUCACUACCCAAGCCUCUACAUCCGGGCUACUGUCUUCCACCAUGGGCAUGACAGUCUUCCCAAGUUCCCCAGACACCAACCACACCGCUAGCCCUCCUGGUACCAGCCCACUGCCUACGACUGCGUUUCUGAGCAGCCCUGCUACUACCAGUGGAAGCUCCUCGCCUUCUAUGCUAGUGUCACCCUCCAAACCGGACUCUUCGAUCUCUCCAUCCUCCCAACCUGGCCCAUUUGACUUCUCUAGCCAUCUGUUUCCUGCAAGGAACUCAGCAGUGGCCCACGUGCCUCCCUUGUUCCUAACGUCUCUAAGCAGCGCUCCACACCUGUCCUUUGGGAAGCUAGCAUGUGAGAUCUGGUUGGGCUCUGAGUUUAGAAAUGCAGUCUACCUCAGUGCUAAAGAAAAUGAUAGCCUAGUCCUGGCACAGCUCAUCCGAGGGGACAUGCAGGAGGCAAAGGUGGGAUGGAGGCCAGGUGUCUACCCCCAGACACUGCCCACACUGGCAGUUCCUAUGGUCAAGAGAGCUGCCUGCCUGCUGAGACAUCACCACCACCAUUUGUCACUGGAUGUCAUAGCCUCUGAAACCCUUCCAGAAGUCCUGAGCAAAAGGCUUUCUCUGCUGUGUCCCUUAACCCAGGUGGCACAAUGCUAUUCUCAGAUACUGCAUGUUCUUUUUUUCAAUACCGACACCCUGCAGUUGGAGACCCACUGUGGCUGCUGCCAGCCCCUCAAUACCUAUGAGAAGCAAGUCUCCCUGCCCUGUCCGGAUCCCAAUGCACCAGGUCAGCAGCUCACACUCACCCUCCAAGUGUUCAGCAGUUGUGCAUGUAGCCCCCUGCAAUGCAAGGACUAA